AUGAAAGCUGAAUGUCGCCGACGGUCUGCUAAGUUCGAGCACCAUGCGCCUCACAUUAAGUACCCUUCGACAUGGAUCCAAAUCCGAAUGCCCUUUCGGCAGCCGCGGGUAGCUCUGGUGAAAUUUCAUUAUGGCCCGUCAGAGGCGCAUCAAGCAACCCUGGGCACUAUCACUUCAGUAUCAUCAGUAUUACAGCCCGGUGGCACUGACCCUCAAGGACAAAACACAACCUACUUAUCUGUUUUUGAAACAUUAGAGCUUCCACGUGUCUGUGGCCUGGAGACUCAUUCUUCUACAACAGUUUGCCACGGGAAUUAG